AUGAGUCGUUCCGCAAUCAAUCUCAUGCGGGUUGCCCGCCGUGGCGUGCUUCAGAAUGCUACAAUCGCCCAGCGGGCACCACUUCUAUCUACUGCCGUCCCUACCCUGAGGAAGGUCAACAUUGGCCCGGCCAAGCUGUACAGAUCGGUUGCCACCGCCACGGCCAGCCGGAGGAAGGGUAUUCAGCCAGAGUCGGAGACUCCGGAGCCAACAGACCCGGAUGAGUCAGCCUACGUCCCCAAGACACCGGCUCCGCUUGAGGAAUCAGAGUACCACGAUCUUGCGGAUGAGUAUCUCGACAAUGUCUUGAGCAAGCUCGAGGACGUGGCAGAGCAGCGACCCGAUGUCGACGUUGAGUACUCGUCCGGCGUCUUGACGCUGGCAUUUCCACCGCUGGGAACCUAUGUGAUCAACAAGCAGCCGCCCAAUAAGCAGAUAUGGCUGUCAUCACCCGUAUCCGGCCCCAAGAGGUAUGACUAUGUCAUCAUUGGCGAUGGACAGAACCAGAAGGAGGGUACCGGCUUGGGUGACUGGGUCUACCUUAGGGACGGAUCUACACUCAGUGGACUGCUCAUGGAGGAGCUGAAUGUCGAUGUUAUCACCCCUUAG